AUGCCUGCCGGUAAAGCGCCCAAGGGAGCGCGGAAAGCAGCUCCGGCGAGCGGCAGCGACCGCAUCGGCGCUCUCCCGGACGAAACCCUACACCACGUCCUCUCCUUCCUCCCCGCGCAGCAGGCGGUGCGGACCUGCGUGCUCGCCCGGCGCUGGCUCCACCUCUGGAAGUCCGCCACUGGCCUGCGUAUCGUCGGCGCCGACGGGGAGGCGCCGGUGCCCUUCGAGGAGGUCCGGGAGUUCGUCGACAGCCUCUUGCUCCUCCGUGGAAGCUCACCUCUGGAGACAUUUGAGCUCAGGGUCGCCGGAGACGAUAUUGACGUUCGCCGCGUGCGGCUCUGGGUCAGGUAUGCCGUGCAGUGCAAAGUCCAGGUCCUGCGGCUCAGCUUCCUUGGGAAUGCCCAUGUAGGUCCUGUGGCUCGGCUGCGGCCGGAUGACCCACCCCUCGCCUCCAGGCACCUGACCAAGCUAGAGCUUCGCGGCCUAGUGUUCAAUGAUGAUUUUCUUGACUUCUCGAGAUGUCCUGAGUUGCAAGAUCUACAUAUUCAAGACUGCAGCUUGGAGCAUGCCGAAAGGAUCUCAUCCCUGUCCUUAAGGCAUCUAAAUAUCAGAGGCGCAUUCAACCCGAGUUCCCGAGCACGAAUUCUUGCCCCGAAUCUUGCUUCAUCGGUGCUGCUCACUUUUGGCAGGACCCCUGUACUUCAGAAAAUGCCCUUGUUGGUUAAGGGAACUGUUGGAAUCCGUGGGCUUUGUGAAGACUUAUGUAGCAGUCCUGCUCCUAACUAUGUCAGCUACGUGGACUUUGAUAAGAGCUGCCGAGGUUGCAUACGAGAUGGCAGUGCCUGUGUGAUUUUGCGUGCUGUGUCCCAAGCAGAGGAUUUGGUGUUGAUAGCUUCCCCUGACACGAUUCACCUACUUGAAGCUAAUGUGCAAAUUAAAGGAAGGUUCAAUCCAAAUGAGCUACCAUCAACCAUAUCAUCACACGUUAAGGAAGUUGAAAUCAUUUGUGGAGGGGUUGAUGGAAACGUUCUUAAAGUUUUGAGGUUCCUGAGCAAACUUAACAUCAAUUUAGCUUAG